AACGGUUUACUGAUCGCCGGGAGAUCGAGGCGGGCCAGAUGGUUUUAUAACAAGCAAAGAAAGAGAGUAACGAAAGAGAGGAGGGAUUGAAAGGACUGGACGAGAGGCCGAAUUGAAGGGAAAAUGAAUGAAUGCUGGACGGGCUUGGAGAGGCGAUCGAUCGGGAAAAGAAGAUGGGAGAAAAGCAGAGCAGCCAACUUUGGUUCUGAAAAAACCCGGCUGUGACCGUCAGAUGGGGCGGUACCGAAUACGACCCUCCGGUACAAGGUACCAUCCAUACAUCCCCAUACGGAACCCCAAGCGACCCGAUGGGAAAGUACCUGCACAGCCACAGUCAGGCCAAGGCUGGUUGGCGCUGGAGACAAAGAUACGAGAAAAAGACCAAGACCAUGCGAUACAAUCCUUUGGAGACCCUCAAAGACUCUGUAUGUGUGUGUCUCACGCUGUUUAUCUCUUGGAGGCCACAAAGAAGUGGCCUCAUCGCGCUCGACCAGGAGAAUGCCCGAUCGUUAGGAGACACUAUCAUCUUGCGCCACAGCGCGCACGUGGGCCAGAAGGGUAUUAUGAAUACGGGGCGGUACCGGACGACGAUACCGCACCAGGCAAUCGCGGAAGAUACCGUCGCUCGAUGAUACGGUACCUUACUACCACAAGGAACCGGAUUAUACCAGAACCAGAGUCCAGCAAAUUAAUGACGUCUAUUACCCCACUGCUGAAACAUCCGGGAGGCCGGCAAUGAAGCCAUCUUUAAUCAUCUGGGCUGAGGAAUGGGGGACAAAUAGGUAUAUUGUUUCACCGAGGUAGUCAUGCAUUGAAGUAUAACUGCGCUGGAAGGAGGACAAUAAACGGUCAGUGGGAUCGGAGAGACCGGUCAGGCCGAUAGGGGGGAGAAAGAGGGGGG